AAAUUUUCAUUUAUAGUGUUAUAUUAUAAACAUCAGUGUUUUUCUAUGUUAGGAAAGAUUAUGGUACCAUGUCUAAUGCCACUCUGCUUGACAUGGUUAAAGUGAUGGCAUUUGCUUUAACAGAGGGAAAGGUAGGUGUACAUUGUCAUGCAGGACUUGGUCGCACUGGUGUCUUGAUAGGAUGUUUCCUUAUUUACAGCCUUCGAUGUAAGCCUAAUGACACUAUCCGCUAUAUACGUUCUAAAAGACCCCAUUCAAUUCAAACAAGGAGCCAAAUCACAUGUGUUCAACAAUUUGCUCAGUUUAUAAUUCCUCUCUUCACUGUUUUCUCCAAUGUAAUUCACAAAAGUCCAGGCUUCACUCUCAAUCAGUACCUUAACCGACAGAAGAAACUCCUACAUGGAUAUGAAGCUCGGCAUUUAAAAUACAUCCCAAAGAUUAUGUAUUUGAUCUGUGAGAGGCUUUUAGAGCUUUCCAACAGUCAGGAUAGAUUUCUGGAGAGAACGCAAUCAUCAUUUGGAUCUGUCUCUCGUUAUCACCUUCAGUAUAGUGCUGGAUUUUGGAACAACUUCCUUUCAGCCACAUCACCUGAUGAAUAUCAUUGGCGCCCUAUUUCCCAAUUAACUUUACAACUGAGUUCAGAACACUCAGGACUGUCACCAAUGCCACCUCAUUCUCAGAGAACGUCACCAUGCAACAGUAGGGAGAGCAGUUUUGAGCAUGCUCGGGAAGAUGCUUCUCGCGUAGAACACUGGGUGGACAGCCUCCCAAAUAUUAUGGGUAAUGGUACUCGAACAGAAACAACCAUCCCUAAGAAGGACCCUUCCAGCAGCAAAGCCAGCAGCUCUAAAAACAGUGGGUCAUGUGGUCGUCAAAGCUCUAAUGCUCUCAUCAUGAGUGAUGCUUCGAAUGAGUGUUUGAAUGACAGUCAACUUUCUUACAGGACUUCUGGUAGCCAAAGAACAACACGGACAGCACAAAGUAGCUAUAUGGGAUAUUACCCUGACUUUGAUCCUGAGAGCAGUGAUGAUAGUAUUGAUUCAGUCUUAAUGGAAGAUGAUUGUAGAGAAGAUCUUCUGGACAACACCUGCUACAGAGAACUAUCCUCUCAGCUGGAGAUGAGGUCAUUACAAGAAGCUGGCACAUGCAGUCAGCCAAUAGAUACCAACAGCAUUGUAGAGGCACUCUUGUUGAGCCACAACUUGAUGGGAUCCGAUUUCAAUGGGGCAUUAAGACAGUUUCAGAGGGACCUAAACACUCGUGGCUCAGCCUGGGACAGACUGACCGCUGAAACUGAUCCAGUGUUGCUUGCUGGUUUGUUGUGGUCAUGGCUAGAUCAUCUUCAGGGACCAAUAUUGAAUAAACACGAUUUAACCCACAUUGUCAUAAAAGCUGGUAAGCCUGUUGAAGCUUUACAACGUCUGGAUCGGGGGACCCGCUACACUACAGAGUAUUUUCUAAGGUUCCUUAUCAGGCUACAUAUUAGCUCUUCAGAGCUUAGAAAUGAUCUUCUACGGCGUAUUGUGUCAUCCCUGACUCAUCAGUGUCUGAUCAUCAGAGGAAGUAUACAACCCACAGGAAUGCAGUGGACAAAAAUGCGAGAAGGUACAUCUACAUAUGUGAUGCAGUUUGUCAAAGGGUUGUGCGAAGUGCUUUCAGGCGUUUCCUUUGCUGUAGGAGGGGAAGAAAACAAACAUCUGUGGAAUUCCACACCUAACAGAACAAGAGGUGUUUGUGAAGGUCUUAAUGUAAUGGCAAGUGCUAUUGGGAGAGGUAGUACAGUGUUGAGAUAGUUUUGUUUCUUUCUUUGUAUUCUGGUAUAUUUUUAAGUUAAGCUUAUAUGCCUGUCAAGAAAUAACAAAAAAUUCUUGCUGUGCUAUUGCAAAGGUUGAGAUCCAGAAACAACAGUACUGUAAUUGUUGAAUUUCAUAUAACUGUACUAAUGGAGAUUUGGCUUUAGAAACAGGAAAUAAGGAUAACCUUGUUCUGUGGUGCUAUUAGGUGAGUACAAAAUGUGGGUGAGCUUGUUUCAGGGUAAGAACUCCUGCAAAAGCAAAAUACAUUGAAAACCAUGAUAGUGUAACUAUGCAGACAUGAGAAAAUAUAUCCAACUAAAACUAAAUGUAUUGUAAAAAAUAAUGGCUUAGAAAACUUUUAACUACUAUGUGUGCAUUAAACAGUAGUCCACAAUAUAUUUCUAAGUCAUUUUAUCACAUUUUGCAGGUCCUCUUUUUCACCCAGCUGAAAGUAACAAAAUUUCAACUAGUACAAUCGGGCUUAGUAUUAAUGAUUAUUAUGCAAGGCUUGAUUAUUUCACUAUACAUAAUUAAAAUACCCUUGUCUUGUUCAAGAUGCUAUAACCUUUCUAAGGUUCAGAAUAGUAUCCCAAAAAAGUUUGGUCAUCACGAUAAUAACAAUGCACUUAUUUUUAGACUUUCAGCAUACUGCUUUGGCACCUUAUUCAAAUGGGUACCAAACUCAGAUUCAAAGAUCACUUUCUGAAUAGUUCUAAAAUAUGUUUUAAAAUUACUGUAUUGUAUGUCUUCACAUUUAUCAUAGAAAAUUGGAAAUACAAAACCUACUUAAAAUUAUAAUUUUAUAUCACAAUUAUCUAUUCAUUGUAAAACAAAAAUUGAUUACAAAUUAAGAUCAAUUAGCUAUGGCAUAUUCAUGCUUUCUAGCUUAAUACACAAUAUAAUGAUACUUCGUAACAACUUACUAAUUGCUAAGUAAACUGAUUAGUCUUGCUUGCACAGUUCUAAAAUGAAUCGGUUAAUCCAUGUGAAAUUUAGUCAUCGAAAAAAUAUAUUGUAAAUAUACUAUGUGAGCUUAGAUUGAUGGAGUAUACAAAGACUUGUCUUCAAAUUAAAAUAUUCAAUUGCAUGCAUUAUUGGAACAUACCAUCAUGUAGUAGCUUUUGUUAGGAGAAAAUUGUUGCACUGUAAAUAAUAAAUAAUUCUUCCAUUUAUUUUUUAAAUGUUGUAUAGAAUAUUUUGUGAAUUGUAUGCAAGAAUGAAUAAGUUGCAUAGAUUCCAACCAGUGAUUUAUUUUAAGCUGCAGAUUCCCAUAGUCCUAAUGGCUCUGUUCAGUUUAUGUAAUCUCUAAAAUAAUAAUGUGAACCUAAAUUUUAGUUGUAGCAUUUAAUUUUGGCUUAUGAGGUCAGAGUAUACAACGAUGUUCCAGAUAUUCUGAUGCACUGUGCUAUGUAUACUGUAAUAUUCUCCUGUUUUCAUGGUUAUUUCUUGAGUUUAAGGUAUACAUAUUAAA